CAACGACGAAAAACAAACAAGGGCAAAGACAAAAACAAAAAAAUCCAGAGGCGUGCCCAGCGAUGAAAAAACCUCCAGUCCUAUUUUCUCGGCGAAGGAUGUCAUACUGUCCGAAAGGAAAGAACAGACCAUUAAAAGGGCAUUAAGAAAAAACACCAUUCAAGUUACCAUGGCCACACUACCAAGCAGGGGAUUCUGUCUGUUGGCUUCAGCGAUGGCGCUGUUCAUCCUGGAGGCUGAGGGCUGUCGUGUUGGCAACUGGUCCGAGUGUGAAAAGGUUCCCUUCGUCCCGGGCCACAACCUGGCCGGUGAAGGUUUUGACGUUGUGCGGAUGCGUCGAACCGGGGCGUACGUCAUCAAUGUCAAAGAUCACCUGAGCGACAAUCGCACCUGCACGCUCUGUACCAAUCGAUUCCACGCCGGACAGGUGGAGAAGCUCCCAGCGGUGGUGUUGGACUGGCGGCAUUUCAGACACUGCAGGAAGCAGCUCUUUGGCGCCCUGCACCACUCAGUGGACUCCCUGAUAAAGAGCUCCAGCUCCAUGGUUAAAAAUAACUGGGGCUUAGGUCUGAGCCUGAAGGAUGUGGGCAAGGCCGUGCUUGGCGGUAGCCGCUCAGAAAUGGCCAAGUUCGCCCAUUCGCAGAACAGCGUGGACAAGGCCACGUUCGCUGUCCACGAGAUCAGCUGCACCUACUACAGCUACAGACUUGCUGACCACCCUCAGCACAGCAAAGAGUUCUCCAAUCAUCUGAGACGCCUCCCACAGAGCUCUGGUUCUCCCAAGAACAGAGCACUAUACAGACGACUUAUAGAAACCUACGGAACACACUACAUACACCAGGUGAAACUCGGUGGUACAGUAAGGAGAGUCACGGCCUUCAGGACCUGCCUGGCCACAUUGAAGGGUUUCUCAGAGUUUGAGAUCAAGAACUGCCUGAAUAUUGAACUGAAGAUGUCCCUGGGUUUCCUACCCCCCAACACCUCCUUCUCCAACACCUUCUCCAACAAAUGUGAUACCCUCAUCAAGGGCAACGUGAACAUGGGCUUCUACCAAGGAUUCAUGACCCACAAGAUCGAAGUCAUUGGUGGAGAGAGGUAUUUCCCAGGCAUCCCCUAUGACCAAGAUCCAUCAGAGUCCUACCACAGCUGGAUCAACAGCCUCCAUGACAAUCCUGAUGUGGUUUCCUAUGCCAUAUUCCCUCUGCACCAUCUGGUGGAGGACCCAGAAGUCAAGGAGAACCUCAAGAGUUUUGUCACGGAAUACAUCAAGGAAAACCGGCUUAAGGAAGAACACCUGGGUCCUAAGAACUGUUCCCCGAGCCCAAACCUGGACCACAACUGCUGCCCGCUCCGGGCAGGAAGGGGGACGCUGAAGUUGGAGAUUCACCGAGCAGCAGGUCUAAUUGGGGACCGAUUCACACAGGCCGACGCCUAUGUGAAGAUCUUCUACAACAACAUUUAUGAGGAGACAGCGACGGUGAUGGACGACGAUGACCCCGUGUGGAACGCCAAGUACGACUUUGGCUCUGUGGAGAUGGGCUAUCAGCUGCGGUUCGAGGUGUGGGAGAGGGAUGUGUUCUUUGAUGACGAGGCAGGGAGAUGCGUGGUCUUCCCAGAGCGAGGCACUCACUCUCUGAGCUGUCAACUAAACAAUGGAGUUCUGUACUUCACCUACACUUCAACUUGUGAUCCCCACCUUAUCGGCGACAGGUGCGGACGUUACUCGCCCAAUGCAGAGUAGAUGAAUGUACUCGUACUUUUUUUUAAAUCUAUGGGAUUAUUGGUAUACAAAACGCAGUGUUUCCCCUACCAUUGUUCAGGCCUGGCGGCCCGCCAGGCCAACGAGCGCCCCCGCCAGGCCAAUUUUUUUUUUUUUUUAAUUUUUUUUUUUUUAUUAUUAUUAUUAGCCAUAAUAUCAUAACCAUCCAAGCUCACCACCAGCUAUCUCAAUAUGUAUUGGUGCUUUAUGCUCCUGUAUAAUUUUUUUUUUUUAUCAUCGAUUUUUUCCUAUUGCCCAGACGAAGUUUGAAGACAUACAACCCCCCCCCCCCCCCCCCCCAUUCUAGGGGAAACACUGAAAACGUAUAAUAUUUUGAUUCACCUUUUAAGUAAGAAGCAAGCAUAAUAAUUGUCUCCUCACGUUAUUAAGCAUGCAUAAUCAUUUUCUACCUAUAAGACGUUUUCACACAUUUUUGCCGCAUUAGUAUAUCAGGAGAUUCUACCCUGAGGGUGAUUGACACUGAUUGCUUUAUAUGUGGACAUCGAUGUCGUUAGACAUCAGUAGAAUCCACGGGGGGUUUAGGGGGGUGGGCUUGCAAUGAGAGGAAUAUGACGUACGGUCUAAGUUCGCAAGAGGCGGGAUAAGUGUGGCCGCUGUCACUGUAGUUUGUUUGACCGCAGACAAAAUAGAGGCAGAACGGGCAGAACUCAUCGCCAUCAUUUUAAAUGUUGCUAAAAUGAUGCAUCAUAUAGUCCGUCGACUAUAUGAUCCGAAGCAUCGAUCGAUGAAAGAUUGGAGCAUGAGUUGGAGACAAAUAGAAGUAACGACAAAGAAGAAAGGUGUCGCGAACGACACCUUGCGUUACCGGAGAAAGUGAGCGUAUAUUUUUGCUUCAUUUCACAUAUAACACUUAGACAAAUGUAGUUGAUUUCUGUGUUUAUCUGGGAAAACAGGGAGUGCAAGGACGGGACCUUAUAAUGUUCAGUUAUUACUGACUUGUCAGUAAUAAUAAUAAAAAAAACAUGUUCUAAACACUUGCA